UCUUAAGAGGGACUGCAAGAUUAAUGAAUAGACCAAUACAUCAGUCAAAAUACUGUUGGAGAGGGACAGCCUGGUACCAAAGAGUUUGGCAGCAGUUGUGACUCUAGCCAAACGUCACCUGGCUGGUAUGGAGUUACAGACUUUUGACUCACUUAGAGAGAGCGAGAGAGAAGUGCUGCAUUUGCCUGCUGUCGUUUCCAUUUGGAUAAUUUUCAGUUGAAGAAGGAGGAACUCUGUGUACACUGAGCAAGUCCUGGGACAGCCUGUUCUGAGGAUCCAGAAAGCCAUGGCACUGAUGUUUCUGCCCACUGACCAGCUGAGGACACUGACCUGAGAGAUGGAGCAUUAUCUCUGUCCAGCUAACAUUGGGGUCAGAGUACUCCUGGCGUGAAAGCUCCAUACUAAAAUCGAGGUUGUACCAAAGGAUCCUCAUGUGUCAGAGGGGGUGAUUGACAACGCAAUAGAUAUGGACAGUCUGAACAGGAACCUGCCUGAGUGUGGACGGCAAACCCAUCAGGUGUUACAGAGCACGCCACUGGAUCUGUUUGAGGGCGGCAAGGGGCUGAAGGUCCAGGCAGAGCGCCCCCAUCUGGUCAGUCUGGGCAGUGGCCGUCUCAGUACGGCCAUCACACUGCUGCCCCUUCCUGAAGGCAGGACCACGUUGGGCCAUGGGGCGAUGGACAUCAGCAUCCAGGGUCCAGGAGUUGCCGCCCAGCACUGCUACAUAGAGAACCGGGCAGGGAUCAUCACUCUCCACCCCUGUGGGAACCAGUGUGCCACAGACGGGCUUCCUGUCACCAAACCGGUCCGCCUGUCACAAGGCUGUAUGCUGUGUUUUGGCCAGUCAGUAUUUUUCCGCUUCAACCACCCAGAGGAGGCGUUCAGGAUGAAGAGCAUGAUGCCAGGGGGAAGCAAGGGCUCCGGUGGGAACUACAGAAUCCACUCAGACUCAAAGAGCCUGGUCAAUGGGAACCAUCAAUCAGGAGCAUCCCAGUCGCACCACCCAGCCCCCGGUGAGAGAGUCCCUCGCUCCGAGCAUAGUGCCAUCGUCAGCUCCAUCGAAAAGGACCUCCAGGACAUCAUGGACUCCCUAGUCAUGGAUGAUCCCCAGCCUUCCUCUUCAGACUCAAAACAUCCAGACCACCCCAUCCCCCACUCCCCGCUGUCCCCCAUGGUCAACGGAGGAGGCCGCUACCUCCUCUCCCCUCCCACCAGCCCAGGGGCCAUGUCAGUGGGCUCUAGCUAUGAGAACACCUCCCCGCCCUUCUCCCCUCUGUCCUCUCCCUCGGCGGCCAGCAGCGCAGGCAGCUACACCAGCCCUUCUCCCAGCGGCUGCCUGGACCCCCAGGACCUAUCCCUGCCCCCCGUGCCGGUCCGCUCAUCCAGCUACAACUACGCAACUACACCACCCAUCCCCCAGCCAAGGACCAUAAUGACAAACUACAGCCCCGGCGGUGGGGUGCAGAGGGUUCCUGAGAGCCCCAGGCUCCAGAGGAAAUGUCUCCUGGAGGCCCCCCAGAGCCCCAAGCCGGCUCGCAGAGGCCAGAGCCUGGACAGCCCAGGGGUGAUGGGUUCAGAGAGCCCUAGACUGACCCACCUAUCUGUUGCAUCAGCCGAUGCCGGGUACAUGGGCAGGAACGCAGUGCCAAGUAACCCCAGACUCACCUCCAAUUCCCCCUAUGCCGCCACGGCUUCCUCACCAUCCAGUCCCAGGACGAAAACGGGCACCAUCCUCCAGGAGCGUCCGGCCAGCCCCUUCAGAGAGCAGGCGGACCGCUCCCUCACCUCCAGCUCUUCCAGACAGCUGCUAUCCCAGUCCAGCAGGGCCUUCCAGCCUCCCCUGGACCCCAUCGUCCACAUAAUCCAGGGGGGCUCUCCACUCCAGCAGCACCACCCCUUCCCCCACCCUCUCACGCUGCAGCCCCCAAAGAGCCCCCGGCUCUCCCACAGGAACCUCGACCUCAGUGGCGGUGGUGGCAGCAGCAUGAGGGAGCUCCCCCCUCUCAGCCCCUCCAUGGCUCGCAGAGGGGUGCCUGUUCUCCCCGGGGCUCUCCCUGGAAGUAUCCCCAUGUUGAGAACGCCCGAGAGCCCAUCAUCAUUGGGGAAGCUGGGAGUCCCGGAGAGCCCCGCGCUCCGACGCAAGGCCGGCUCCCCCCCGGAGGACCAGUUUGGCGGCAGUGUGGUCCGAGCCCGCAGCCCCUCCCCUACCUUGGGGCUGAUGAUGAUGGAGAGUGGGGGAGGGGGAAGGAAGGCCAGCUUUGGGAACGCCCUCUCCCCUGCUUACAGCCUGGGUUCCCUACCUGGCUCUUCGCCUCUCGCCAGCCCUAGGGGCCAUAGGAAGAUGUCCGGGGGCCCCCGGGAUCAGAGGGGCCCCCACCCGGGCAUGCGGGAACGGAAAAACAGCAUCUCUGAGAUCAGCGACAACGAGGACGAGCUGUUGGAGUACCACCGGCGCCAGAGAGAGGAGAGGCUCAGGGAGCAGGAGAUGGAGAGACUGGAGAGGCAGAGGCUAGAGACCAUCCUGAACCUGUGCGCCGAGUACAACAAGGGCGACGGGCCCUUUGGGGGCGAGGCAGAGGAGAGGAUGGGCUUCCCUGGGAGCCUGGGACCGGGGGAGGGGGCGGCCAGGAGACCCUCUAUGGACAGCUUGGUGGGGGCCGGCUCGCUGCAUCGUAGCAUGGCCCAGAGACAGCAGAGGGAGAGCGACGAGGAGAACCUCAAGGAGGAGUGCAGCAGUACAGAGAGCACCCAUCAGGAGGUGAGGACGCCACUUCCUCCACAGGCCCUCCACAAUGGAGACCGAUACCAGCAUGAGGAGCAGUCUGUUUCUGGCAGCGUGGAGCGGACAGAGCUGGGUUACCUGGAGGACGAGAGGGUCAGAGUGCUGGCCCGAGUCGACGAGCUCAAAUCACGAAUAACAGAGCUGGAGCAACAGCUACAGGAGUCCAAGCAGGAGGCAGAGAUGGAGCGGGCCCUGCUGCAGGGGGAGAGGCAGGCAGAACUGGACCAGGUAGAGGCAGAGACGGAGAUCAUCGGACAGCUGCAACACAAGCUCAACGAGCUGGAGAAUGCCAUCCAGAGGGAGAAAGACAAGGCAUUGCCAAAUCCUGGAUGGCCUCCCAAGACCGUAUCUAGUUGGUUUUGCCAUCCCAAGGAGAGGGAAAAUGUUGACGCAGAGCGCCGAGACCUGGCGAGCCUCCAGGAGGGUUACAGUGAGCUGAAGAACCAGCUUCAUAACUGCCCCGAGUCACUGAGGGAGCAGUUACAGGAACAGCUCAGAAGGGAGGGCGAGACCCUGGAGUCAGAGACAAAACAGUUUGAGGACCUGGAGUUCCAGCAGCUGGAGAGAGAAAGCAGCCUGGAGGAGGAGAGGGAGACCAUCAGUCAGCAGCUGCUGCAGGAGAGGGCCGAGUACCACACCAGCGUGGCCAAGAGGAAGGACAAGGUGGCAGCUCUGGAAGGCCAGGCCAGUCAGCUGGGACAGCAGGCGUCUCAGGAGUGUGACAGGCUGGCUAAGGACAGGAACCUUACCCUGCAGAUUCUCCAUAAGGAGAAAGAGAGGCUAUCGGCCUUAGAGAAGAGGUACCUCAGCCUUACCGGAGGAAGGUCUUUCCCUAAGUGUUCCAGCACCAUGAAAGAGGAAUUGCUCCAUAUCAGCCAGACUGACCUGUUAGAGGACUCCCACUCCCAGCAUCCUCUCUGCCGUCCCGCUGCUUCCUAUUUAAGCGCCGCCUCUCAGUUAUACCCAGGGGGCAGCCCGACAGAGGAGUACGUGACUGUGGGCCAGUUAACUCAGUUCUUUGGGAUGCCGAAGGUCGAGUCCUCCCCUACCUCUCCUCUCCGGCCCCUCCAGUCAGGAGCUGGAGACCCCGCCUUCUCCUGCCUCUCCUUUCGUCACGGCUCCUCCCCCUCUCUCUCUGUUGAGUAUCAGCCUGAGUGCAGUAGGCCUCAAAUCCCCACUCUCGAUUUAGAGCAGUGGUACCAGGAGGUGAUGGCUGCUGUGGAGAGCAGCCAGCUCUGCCCCCCUCCCCCUCUCCCAGCUAAACCUCUCUCCACUCGCAGGCCUAUGCAGGUGUUCCGUUCCAAGCUGGACAGUGAUGCUGGACAGACGGUACAUCAACCCAAAGCAGGCUCCGGAUCCCAUCUGCAGUACUUAGCCACUACACUGGGACGCAACACGACCUCCAAGAGCCCACUGAUGGUUCCCAACAGUACAGGCAGUUUGCCACGGAACUUGGCUGCCACCAUGCAGGACAUAGAGACCAAGAGAGCGCUAGCCUUACAGCAGAAAGAGUCCUCCUUGCCUUCCACGUCUGAGACUCCCUGCUCCACCAUGGACAAUCCCACAGACAGACAGAUAGACAGACAGACCACUCAACCUGGGAGCCAACAGGUGAUCGAGGAGCAGCGGCGUCGAUUGGCUGAGCUGAAGCAGCGGGCUGCAGUGGAGGCCCAGUGCCAGUGGGAUGCGCUCCACGGCUCUCAGACCCACCUCUACGCCCCCUCACACGCCCACGGCCCUCCCAUGGUGCACCACUCCAUCCUGCACCACCAGCCGCCAUCGGCGGGCGAGCAGCCGUACGACACACUGAGCCUGGAGAGCUCCGACAGCAUGGACACCAGCGUCUCCACAGGCAACAACUCUGCCUGCUCCCCUGACAACAUGUCCAGUGCCAGUGGGAUGGAUGCGCUGAAGAUCGAGGAGAUGGAGAAGAUGCUGAAGGAAGCCCACCUAGAGAAGGCCAGGCUCAUAGAAUCCAGAGAGCGAGAGAGCCAUGCCCGUAGGCAGAUGCUGGAGGAGGAGAGGAGGCGGCGCGAGGAGGCUGAGAAGAGGCUGCAGGACGAGACGGUGCACAGGCAGCAGCUGGUGGACAAGGAGGUGAAGAUGAGGAGCAAGAACUUCUCCCAGGCCCGUCCUAUGACUCGUUACCUGCCCAUCCGCAAGGAGGAGUUUGACCUGCGCUCCCACAUCGAGUCAUCCGGCCACAACGUGGAGACCUCUCACCACGUGAUCCUCACAGACAAGAUGUGUAAGGGUUACCUGGUCAAGAUGGGCGGCAAGAUCAAGUCGUGGAAGAAACGCUGGUUUGUCUUCGACCGCCUCAAAAGGACCUUGUCCUAUUACGUUGACAAGCACGAGACCAAACUGAAAGGAGUCAUCUAUUUCCAGGCCAUUGAAGAGGUCUAUUACGAUCACCUGCGUAGCGCCACGAAGAAAAUAUUUUUCAACCUCAAUUUGACCAAUAGCCCCAAUCCCUCAUUGACCUUCUGUGUGAAGACUCACGACAGACUCUACUACAUGGUGGCCUCUGCCCCGGAGGCCAUGAGGAUAUGGAUGGAUGUUAUAGUAACUGGAGCAGAGGGCUACACGCAGUUCAUGAACUAAGAGACUUGUGUACGGUGGCCUAGCAGUGAAACGAUCAUAAGGAGACAGCUGGGACACACUUCAAUAGACUCAGGCCUUAUCCUCUCCCAGUAUUGGGAAAUUGCCUUGUUACGUUCAUUGUAUCUAUUUUGAAAUCACUUUACAAUAGACGUUUUUCUACUUCUGCCCGCAGAUUGAAAAAGACACUGUAUAUAACCAAUGUCAGACUUUCUGCUCAAAAGCCUUUAUUUUUGCCAAAUUGAGUGUUACAGGCUCUUGCUUGAGACCUACUUUGUGUAUCAGUGUCUAAUAGUUCACUUUUUUUUUUUACACUGGAAUAGUGGAGAAUAAACCUCAUUGAAACCAGUGAGGAAGACGAACUGUUGAGCCAUCGGCUUACUGCUGAACUAGAUUCCACUAAUGUUGCCAAGUCCUGAUGACAGCCAUUCCACUGAGACCAAACAGUACAAUAAUGCUAAUCAUUCUGUGCCUUGGUCAUAAUCCUAGUCAGUUAUUGUCACUGAACAGUAAGUUCCAGCCCCCCUGUAGAUCUGAUUGGAUAGGUGGUGACGCCAGGUCAAAUUGCUUCCGCUUUAGAAUGUCAUGAUCUGGUAGCUUGACGUUGUAUUUCUUUAUGGUUUAUGGUUAACCAUGUCACUCAAGUGUGAGAAAAGACCUUGAUAUAUUUUCCCCAAACCGAAAUGGGUAUAACCAAAUGUUCAAUGCUAGAAAAAGGUUUUAUACUGUAAAAUGUCACUCAUUCAACCAGUAUUGUACAAAAAUACAUUUCAAAAGAAGUCUAAUGGCCAAGGCUCUUCAGUUAACAGUAUACAUCUAGUCUCCCGCACUGUUGAACAUAGCUCCCAUCUGACACACCAUAUGUUGACUGUACACUUUCAUGUAUGGAUUCUCAAUUCAGAUCUAUUAAACCAGACUCUGUAACAUUU